CGGAUGUGAGGGAGCGGAUGGAUCUCUCCCCCAUAAAGGUUCUCCUAAUACAAGACAGGGAAAUGGUAGCUAAUAUAAGUCUAACUGUACAUUACAUCCCACCACGGAUUUUCACUUUUUUUUACUCGUGGCUCAACGUGAGCACUGCACCUUUAAAAAAGAAAAAACCACAAAACGUCCCCUAACCUCAGUCCCAACCGUCGACCGCUGGCCACGUACGGCCGCCAAGCGCGGGCGACUUCUACCGGUCAUCCGGCGGCACUUUAGCUUCGUCUUUCACUAGUUGCACUACUUUGAACUACUUUUUUUUCUUUCAAAACUGUAUUUCUUUUAAUGGGGAGAGAGAUGCGGAGGGUGUUGAAUGAAGGUUCCCCGCUGGGACUGUAAGCGGGUGGACGAGGAGGCGGAGGAGAAGGAGAACGGGGGGCAGUUCUACUUUUUGCGGGGUCGUCCGAGCUAUCGGACCUGGGAUCUGCUGCUCAUAUUUAUAACCAGACAGACGGCGGCUUGUUCGGCGCAGCGGUUUCUGCGAGGAGGACGUGACUUGAGUCUGGUAACGUUAACUUUUCUACGCCGGUCUUCCACAAGAAGGAGAAAAGUUUGGAGUAAGAUAAAAAGUUUCAGCCUGGACCCUCGUCCCCUGUCGAGACUACGCGCGGCUGGAUUUGUGAGCUAACGUUAAUGAUUCCCUCAUAGUAAUACAACUAGUAUCCUACUUUUAGAAGGCUUUAACCGUGGAAUAUAACUCACGUUACCUGUUGCUUCACUUAAUUGAAGCGGAAACUUCAAAAUGGAUAAAUACGAAGAUUUUGGACUGGAGGCGAGUAAGUUUAUCGAGGACCUCAACAUGUAUGAAGCGUCCCGAGACGGCUUAUUUCGAACGAGGAGGGAUGCUGGAAAUAACCCCGACUUUGAAGAAACGAGGAGAGUUUUCGCUACUAAAAUGAAUAAAAUACACAUUCAGAAACAGCAAGAGGAGAUGGCAAAAAACAACCAGGCCAUGAAAGUGAACGGGGCCCACAACAGCACGCACUACACCAAAGACAGACCCCCCAUCAACAGUUACAGGCAACCGUGCGAAGCGGCGGCCAAGCCCCCGAUGCUCUCCGGCCCUGUGCCCGGUCAGUACGCACAGUCUGACGGUCAGAAACACCACACGCCCGCUCAGCCCGAACCUCCAGCGGCCAGGGCGUGUGGCUACGGGAACAACUACGACUGCUCGCCGGUGUUUGGUCGCUUACCGGUCAGCCCGCCGUCAGCAUGGGCCCCAUCCAGAGACAACCAACCUUCCCCGUCUCUGCCAUGGCCCGAGGGCCGCGGCGGGUCCAAGCAGCAGCCCCAGCACGUUCAGCCCGCCCCCCAGUCUUUGAACCUGAGUCCGGCCUCAUCUGCCGGUCCAGUCCGGGGGCGGGGCGGAGAGCCCUCUGGCUCAGGUAAGGGCGACCUUCUCCCCGUCCUGCCCCUGAGUGCCUUCACAGCGGCAACGCAGCAGCCCUCCACACACGCCGCGGCCCAUAGCGCGCCAUCUUCUGCAACCUCGAGACCCUCCGGCAGCCACAAUGGUCCUCUGACAGCGUCCCCACUCCUACCGGGACCUUUUGAAACACCUCUACCUAAAGCCCAGGUGGCAUCGGCGCCCUUGAUUCCUGCCAAUGUGUCCAAAAGCAUCAGCCAGGGUCAAGGUCAAAGCCAAAUGGCGGUCUGUGGACACGCCGUCGGUGCCGAAGCUAAAAUCAAGUGCCCUUCGAAGCCCGUCCAGCUAUCCUGUCAGUCUCUCCACGCACAGCCGCCUGAACAGGCGCCCUCAGCCGCUGAAAUGAAGUUAGAAGCCCUCACCGAUCAACUAGAAAAAGAGAUGGACGCCCAACCAAAGGCUGACUUCUUUGGUGCCUGUGUUAAAUGCAACAAGGCGGUGCAUGGAGCCAGCCAGGCCUGCCAAGCCAUGGGAAGCCUCUACCAUGACAGCUGCUUCACCUGCAGCGCCUGCAGUCGAAGGCUGAGAGGGAAGGCGUUCUACUAUGUUGGAGGGAGGGUUUUCUGUGAAGAGGACUUUCUGUACUCUGGUUUCCAGCAAUCUGCAGACAAGUGCAACGCAUGUGGACAUCUGAUCAUGGACAUGAUCCUGCAGGCCCUCGGGAAGUCGUACCACCCUGGCUGUUUCCGCUGUGUCAUCUGUAAUGAGAGCCUUGACGGAGUGCCCUUCACCGUGGACACCGAGAAUAAGAUCUACUGUCUCAAAGACUACCACAGGGUCCUGGCGCCUAAAUGUGCAGCCUGUAACCAGCCCAUCCUGCCCUCAGAGGGGUCAGAUGAAACCAUUCGAGUUGUCUCCAUGGACAAAGACUAUCAUGUGGAAUGCUAUCACUGUGAGGCCUGCUCCAUGGAGCUCAACGACGAGGAGGGGCACCGCUGCUACCCUCUGAACGGACACCUCCUCUGUCACUCCUGCCACCUGAAGCACACGGAGCCCGGCUGCUCCUCUCCGGUGGCCGCCGCUGCGGCCUCCUACUGACGCUGAAGCGGACAGAGGGCGCCCCCUGGUGGCUUGGUGGAGGAACUACCCGUGACCGUGCAGCAGGAGUCAAUGUGUGCAAUUCUUGUUGUAAAGGAUUGAUUAAUGCAACGCAUCCGAUCCUUCUACGGUUUGAUGUGUGUUUUUACAGGGAUGUUGAUGAAGUUUCCAUUAUGCCUCAAGAGGUUUUCUCACAAUAAUGAAGGUGAUGUAAUACAGCAGAUCCCUACUUUGAAUACAAGGAAGCAUUGCGUUAGACCUGAUGCAUAUGGACUUUGUGUGGCCAUGUUUUUUUUUAUAACUGUAAAUAUGAAUUGAAUAGGCUGUCCAAAUAUCCUAUAUAUAUACUCCUUUUAGAAACAAUGUACCUUUGUCACGCUCAAUCCGAUUCAAUCCUAAAAAAAUCCGGUUCGGCUUGCUUAUUAGCUUUGCAAUCAGAAAAUACGGGUUCAAUCACGUAAUAAAGUAUACCCAUGCAUUAAUAACAGCCGGUGUGUUUUCGUAUAAGAUAUAUAUACAAAAAAAAAUAACAAAUUGGCAUCGAGCAUUUUGCCUAUUUUAAACAGAAUUGACAUCUUCUUGAGAGGAAAAGUUCUGUUGGUUGACCUGCACAAUCAUUGUGACUCUUUUUCCAUUUUUAAAGUUCUGUAUGAUCAUAUCAAAUGAUAACCCGUCAGCAUGACCAUUCCAUAGAAUUAAACAAUGCCCCAUUGCAUUCCCACAGCGUGCAAUGCCUCUGUAUGCUUAGGGUCCAUCAUUUCACAGUCAAAUAAAAUAGAUGAGUUACUUUUUCUUCUCAUUGGUUUAGUCAUGCCAGGUGAAAUGAUCCACAGCAAACCACAGACAGUAUUUGUCAGAUGCAGUCCUCUCUAAGCACUUAUGCUAGAUUUGUGAGUUUUUUAUUUAACCAUGAAGAAGUUGGUAUUAGGGUUGUAGAUCAAUAUAUUGUUGCAUUUGCAAGUUAUAUUUAAAAAGAUAUGUAUUGUAUUCCUGUAUUAAUUUACGUACAAUUCAUUUUUGAAUUCCUGCCUGAAAUACUCAUUUGAAGUGUGAAUUACAUUUUUUUUUUCAUUUGCCAUCUAGAUUUUAUUCAUGUUACUAAAUAAAAGCUUGCCAGUCAUUUGAGUUUCUUUUUCAUAACCAUCUGUAGAUUACGAUAAAGCGCAACAUAACAUGAGUGUUAAGAAAACAUAACUUACAUUAAAACAAAUGGCAAUUUCGAUUUGGUUAACUAUAACUUGCUAUUUGACAACUUAACAAUAUUAGUGCUUCACUAAUGAAUUUGCUUUGAAUUUGUAUUUCGUCUGAAGGAGCCCGGCAUGCUACAAAUAGUUAUUAACUUGUAGAUUUCCCUGAUAGUUCGCAUACUUUUAAGUAUGAAUUCGUAUUGGGAACAUGGGGGAUGGUCUUGAUUGUAAGUAGAUUUUUCUCUUUUCUU